GAUAAGGAGCGGGAAAGAGAAAAGAGGAAAGCGUUGAUCUCAGAACCGGUGGGUGAAGUUCGCCACACCUGUCACGUCGGCAUCGACGGCACCGCGUUCGGUCUGUUACAGCUGGACAAGAAGGAAUUGGUUCCGCCGUCAGUAUCUCCUUCGGCAGCGCACACAAACGGAACGGCAGCUCACCCCCAUUUGGGGCCUUCGUUGUCACAGGUUUCGUCACCGGUUCUUCUUCGAAGCACAGGAGCACGUGAAGGUAUCAGCGUACGGGAAACGAUGUCACUACGGGACGUAAUACCGAAUAAGGACUCGGUAAUAUUUCGAGAAGUGGUGUCACCGCCGAUCUCGCGAGCCCCGUCACAACCACCUCCGUCCACAUCAUCGCAGGCGUCGCCACAAUUGCGGCCGUCCGUGUCUCCGAGCGCCCCGCCGUUGACGGAAUCAGCUGCAAACUCGAUGAAUCGUAGUAUGCAAGAGGAGUUCACUGAGUUGACGUCGUUGAACAGCACUGGUGGCUUUUCGCGAAGCGAUGAAACCACACGACAUCGACCGCCCAUCAGCGCUUCCGCUUCGCGAAACGAUCUCGGCCGGUCUUAUGCGCAGGAGUCUGCUCGUGACGUCACAAACACGAGUGUUGCCUACACAGGACCGGCGACCGCGGACACGAUACUAUGCGAUGAGGUAGAGCAUCUGGAGAGGGAUCUCACCGAUUUUUCACUCUCCUCGCUCAACGAUCUUGUCGAUGAUACACGGCCGUUGAUAUCGGGUAAUGGAAGGCCGCCCGGACGCACCAAGAGCGACCAGCAGGUGAGCUUCCCAGUCCUCUCUGCAAUCUCUCGCAUUGGCUCCGGCCUGUAUGGAGCCUAG